AGCAAACAUGUGUCGGGGUGUUUCGCAUGGUCCUACAAAUUGGCUCGAUUCACAAUUAGAUCAGAAACCGAGUGAGACGCGAGAGGGAAGAGAGAGAGAUAGAGGGGGGCGGCCUUCCUUUUUCUGUCGUUUGUUUCCAGUCUCUCCAUCUCUCUCUGCUCAUCAUCAUCAUCAUCAGCAUCAUCGGCGUCCUCCUCUUUUUCUUUCUCUCUCCUUUUUCUUGUCCUCGUAAUAGGCAAGCGGCAACGGCCGAUCGGGAGGAGGAGAGGCCGCUCCUUCGAUCACCCAAAAAAGAGAUCGCUUCCGGAUUGGUGCGGUCAUCCGAAUCGGCUUCGAUUUGGGGGCGGGCGGGAAAAUUAGCUCUCUUGAUCGAGGCAUUUCUUGCGGUCGAUUUUGGCUAUGAGGUGAUCUUGUUUGCUUGGACAGGAGACGGAAGUCUGGUUGUAUUAGAAAAAGCGGCACCGCGGAACGGUACAAUUUCAGGUGAAAAAACGUCAUCUUUCUCCUGAAUAUGGAACUUGUAUGGAAACUUGUCAAAAAAUUGGUCUAGUUAUCCCAUGGGAAAUUGCUGAGGAAGGAGUACGAGGCUAGGAGCAGCGUUUGCCUUCAAAAUCAAUUAUUUAUAAACGAUUUAGGAAACAUUCUUAAGGCAUCAAAUUCUGUUUUAUUGUCCAACUCAAUUACCUGCAGUCAAGCAUGAUUAAGCAGAUACUAAACCGGCUCCCUCGAAAGCCAUCAAAGUCAUCAGACAGUCGGGAUUCAGUUGGUGGACCAACUCCUCAGUCGUCAUCUUCUUCGACCAGUUCAAGAAAUGGGGAUUUGCAAGCCAGUAGGAUCACAAAUCUGAACAGUCAGGCCCCUCCUGGAUUGAGUCCUGGGUUAAAUCACCAAAACAAGUAUGAUCCAGCUGUUAAUGUAAAGCUGAAUGGCAAUAAUGUGGUCCCAGUCUUUGAAGCAUUGCCGAGCUUUAAAGAUGUCCCUAAUUCUGAGAAACAGAGUUUAUUUAUGCGAAAGUUGGACCUUUGCUGCGUUGUGUUUGACUUCACUGACCCAUCAAAGAACCUGAAAGAGAAAGAUAUAAAGCGACAGACAUUGUUAGAGCUUGUUGACUAUGUGACUUCAUCAUCUGGGAAGUUUCCAGAGAAUGUCAUGCAAGAGAUUGCAAAGAUGGUGUCCGUCAACUUGUUUAGGACCUUGACUUCCCCGCCUCGAGAGAACAUGAUUCUGGAAAAAAUUGAUGCAGAAGAGGAGGAACCUGUAAUGGACCCCGCGUGGCCUCACUUACAGAUUGUCUAUGAGUUCUUUCUACGUUUUGUUGCAUCUCCGGAGACUGAUGCUAAGUUGGCAAAAAGAUAUGUAGAUCACUCCUUUGUUCUUAAGCUGCUCGAUCUCUUUGAUUCUGAAGAUCCUAGAGAGAGGGAGUACCUAAAAACAAUACUCCAUCGAAUCUAUGGUAAAUUUAUGGUGCACCGACCGUUCAUCAGGAAAGCUAUUAACAACAUUUUCUAUCGGUUUAUCUUUGAAACAGAAAAGCACAAUGGGAUUGCAGAGCUACUGGAAAUUUUGGGAAGUGUCAUCAGUGGAUUUGCUUUGCCACUAAAGGAAGAGCAUAAAUUGUUCCUUCUCCGUGCACUAAUCCCACUGCACAAGCCAAGGUGCAUUGCUAUGUAUCAUCAGCAGUUAUCAUAUUGCAUAACUCAAUUUAUUGAAAAGGACUGCAAACUUGCGGAUACUGUUAUAAUGGGCUUGUUGAAAUACUGGCCUAUCACAAAUAGUUCAAAGGAAGUAAUGUUCUUGGGAGAGUUAGAAGAAGUCCUAGAAGCAACUCAGCCUGCAGAUUUCCAGCGAUGUAUGGUUCCACUGUUUCGCCAGAUUGCUCGCUGCUUGAACAGUUCUCACUUUCAGGUGGCAGAAAGAGCAUUGUUCCUUUGGAAUAAUGACCACAUUGAAAACUUGAUUAAACAAAAUUGCAAGGUUUUAUUACCGAUCAUCUUUCCUGCAUUGGAGAGAAACACAAGGACCCACUGGAACCAAGCCGUGAAGAGCCUAACACUCAAUGUGUGCAAGAUUUUCUCUGAUCAUGAUCCUGAUUUGGUUGCGGAGUGUUUGAAGAAAUUUGAAGAAGAUGAAGCUAAAAACAAGGACAUCAUGUCAAAACGUGAAGCUACAUGGAAGCGUCUUGAGGAAGUUGCUGCUUCACGAGCUGCAAGUAGAGAAAGUGUGACUGUUCCCCGUGUUGUACCAUUUCGAGCUUCCUCUGGUUGAUUCCAUAUCUACAUAUUAGCUCAACACGCUCGAUUCAAUCAUGAGAUUAUGGGUCUUGAUAUGCAUGUUCAAGAUUUUUAAUGCUUCUGAUUUGUCUGGUCCAUGAGGGAUUCAGAAGUUCUUAUAGGGUUUUACUGUGCACAAGAGGUGCUUGACAAGAAAAUUGUGAAGCAGCAAAAGUGCCCAAAAAAGAGAAUUUAGUUGACAUUCUAAAAGGGUGAAGCUAUUGGAAUUUGCAGGCAACUGCUUUACCCAUUAGUGUCUAAUGAGUGUAUUAAUGGAUUAUCCCCUGCCUUGGUAUAUUUUUAUUGAAGCAGCCAUCAUUUCUUUGUUAGAAGACCUGAUUAAGGUCUUGAAUGAAUUCAAUAUUUUAUCA